UAGAGUCGGACGCCAUUGUUGCCAGGAACUGCCUGUCUUGAUUUAAAUCAGCUGAUUAAAACAAAGAGGUUUAGGGGACGAGAAUCAAAAUAGGUGUGCAUUCUGAUAUCACCAAACCGUCAAGGAAUUAGCCUGCUUGUCUGAAUCUUAUUCUGGAGGGGAUGCAAGUUCGCAACGGAACGUACGAGCUGUCUCCCAGCAUGGCCCCCCCGCGCCGACUCCCCGGUCUCCCACAAUGAACGGCAGCGGCAAUGGCACGGCGGCGGGGAACGCUUCGGCGGGCGGGGCGGGCGGCAGCGCGGCCGUGGUGGAGUCCGUCUUCAUCGUGGCCAUCGCCUUGCUCGUCUGCCUGGGCAACCUGCUGAUCGUGGUGACGCUCUACAAGAAGCCCUACCUGCUGACGCCCAGCAACAAGUUCGUCUUCAGCCUCACCCUGUCCAACCUGCUGCUGUCCGUGCUGGUGCUGCCCUUCGUGGCCGCCAGCUCGGUGUGGCGCGAGUGGAUGUUCGGCGUGGUGUGGUGCAACUUCACCGCCCUGCUCUACCUGCUCAUCAGCUCCGCCAGCAUGCUGACGCUCGGGGCCAUCGCCAUCGACAGGUACUAUGCGGUGCUGUACCCCAUGGUGUACCCCAUGAAGAUCACGGGCAACCGCGCAGUGGUGGCUAUCGCCUACGUGUGGCUACACUCGCUGGUUGGCUGCCUGCCGCCGCUCUUCGGCUGGUCGGCCUUCGAGUUCGACCGCUUCAAGUGGACGUGCACGGCGGCCUGGCACCGCGAGCUCAGCUACACAGCCUUCUGGAUCGCCUGGUGCAGCCUGCUGCCCUUCGCCGCCAUGCUGGUCUGCUACGGCGUCAUCUUCCGGGUGGCGCGGGUCAAGGCGCGCAAGGUGCACUGCGGCACCGUGGUGGUGGCCCAGGACGAGCCGGGGGCGGGCGCGGGGAGGGGCGGCCGGGAGGCGGGGGGCGCGGCGGCGGGGGCGCAGAGGAACGGCCGCAAGAACUCCAACACCUCCACCUCCUCCAACAGCAGCAGGAGGAGCCUGAUCUACUCGGGCAGCCAGUGCAAGGCCUUCGUCACCAUCCUGGUGGUGCUGGGGACCUUCCUGGUGACGUGGGGCCCCUACGUGGCCGUGAUCAGCACCGAGGCGCUGUGGGGGAAGGGCAGCGUGUCCCCAGGGCUGGAGACCCUGGUCACCUGGCUGUCCUUCACCAGCGCCAUCUGUCACCCGCUCAUCUACGGGCUCUGGAACAAGACGGUGCGCAAGGAACUGCUGGGCAUGUGCUUCGGGGACCGCUACUACAGGGAGUCCUUUGUCACCCGGCACAGGACCUCCCGCCUGUUCAGCAUAUCCAACCGCAUCACAGACCUGGGCAUGUCUCCACACCUGACAGCCAUGCUGGCCGGGGGAGGCGCGCUGAUGGGACCCAGCAGCAGUACGGGCGACACCGGCUUCAGCUUCUCACAGGACUCAGGCACGGACAUCAUGCUGCUGGACAAUUUCUCCUCGGACAGCUGCCAAACCCCCUACCACGGGGGCUCGUCCAAUAAGAGGAGGAGCUCCGUCACCUUUGAGGACCAGGUGGACCAGCAUUCCAAAGAAAAUUCCAGUUCCUCUACAAUCCAAGUCAAGGCCGAGAUCCAUAAGUCUCUGGACAGCUACGCCUCCUGCCUGGCCAGGGCCAUUGAGAGUGAUGCCAAGCUGCAGCUCUUCGGCGAGGACGCCCUGCCCGGGGGACUGUUCUCCGUGCGCACCGCGCUGGGUGUCGCCGCGGCGGCGCUCAGGGGCCCCCGCUACCUGGACGGUCAGAGACUGAGACUGGAGAGCAUCGAUGAAGGAAUAGUGAACGACGACAAGGACGAUGACGAAGGGGAGGAUGAGGAAGAGGAGGAGAUUGAAGAAAUAUGUGCUUAGUCUUUCCUCUCGAAUUUUAUUUGUCUUGAUGGGACCCCCGUGGGAGAUGUGACACUGCUGUAAGGUUGGACCAGCUCGGUGCGCCAGGCACAGUUCUGUGCAGUCACAGUUAAUGCCCUCCAUUUGUAUGGAGAGGAGCUUUGGCUUGACUGCAUUCAAAGUUUCAGUUGUGUAUUCAGACCCAAUUCCUGAGGUCUGCUGCUGGAAAAUACAAGGUGGUGGAAAAGAUGAAAAGGUGCUGACAGGAUGAAGCAAAGCGAGAAAGAGAAAGAAGCAGCCCUUGGACUGCAGAGAGUUGGUGUUUAUUGGCUUUACAGCUGGUGCUGAGCGUAAGACGGCUUUUUCUGAGCGCUACAUAAGCAAAAGGAACAGGGACACGGCUUUUGCCCGCGCUCGGUGUUCUGUGUGGUUUGAUUUCUCUCGGCGCAACGUAAGCACUCAUUGGCUUUGCACCAGUCAUAAAAUCAAUAAAUCUAACUCUUUGGAAUACAAAGGCGCCAUUUUCUCUUCUCUGUUUUUUUGUUAACCGUGAUCAUUUGGAAUCUUAAGCAGUAUGUUCCAUACGACACACUUACCCACUACAGAGGUGCUGGCAUGGUCGAGAGAUGAAACGGAUUGUGAAUGUUAUGGUACCGGGUCGCAGGACCCAAGCUUUACACAGUCGUUCAUGUUAGUGGUUGUGAAAGGUUAUCCCGGUGCACAUUGUAUGGG